AUGGAGACGAUGCACGAGUUGAUCCCUUUUGCUAAAGAGAUGCUCAGCCAGAAACCCAGCAAGAAGAUGGUGAAGAUCUAUGUGCUGGGUGGUGUGCUGGCCUUCUUUGGAGUAGUUAUUGGACUGGUGGAGACAGUUUGCAGUCCUUUCAUUGGACGAGAGGACACUGAUCUGGAAGAGAGGAGGCAUCCAUCUCCAAUGCUCGCUCUAUCACUCUCUCAAAAAAAAGAAGAGCUGCUACUGGAGAAGAGCAACCCCCAGGCAGUCCGAGGCAGAAGCUUGGCUAACCGUGGUCAUGCCUCCUAG